CCGGUACCCUUAGACACGCGCGCUCACUCUCUCCUUUUCCCGGGUCUCCUUUCCACGAUUCACCCGGCACCUCAGUCGACGACUUCUCCGGCUGGUAGCCCUCCUCGGAGUCUAUAUAAGCGGAGGCUUCAUACGAGACUGAACAUUUUUUGUGUUAGUACCGGCGAGUCGCGGUGCUCAGCCGUCAAAGAGGCUGCGGGCUGACGAGUGGCAGUAUGAUGUGCGCGACGUGUGGCACGACAAGCCACCGUUAAAUCGCAUACGACGAGCUCGGGGUAGACGCGACUUCCUUUAAAGUGCGGUGACGAAAGGUAGACGGGGGCGAGGUCGAGAGCGGACGAGACUCACCGAGUGUCGGAUAAUUUGUGUGUAGUGCCAAGACUUACGGUUUAUGCGCGCGUGUGUCAUGGUUAAAUUCAAGAUGCUAUUCGUGCUGUUCUGCGUCCUGCUGAUUGGACACCACGUACAGGCGGUAGUCAACAAAGUUGCGACCUCGCAGGUACCGUUAGCGAAGGAAGAAGAGAAACCUGGCAAGGCCAAAGCCGACGAUAGAAUAAGCAAUACUUUCGCUUCUCCGUCCGAGGACUACGGGCUGCCAUCGGGGCCCAGCUUCAACGGCCCGGCGCCAGUGUACGGGCCUCCGGAAUUGGUCGGUAACCUCGGAGCGACGGCCGUUUAUCCGCCGCCACCGGCGGAAUUGCCGCCGCCUGUGUUCGGACUGCCGGCCGUCUCGUAUGGUCUGCCGCCGCCGCCGCCGCCGCCGCCGCCGCCGCUGCCGCCGCCUCUGCGGAGUAUCAAGCCGCAAUAUGGGCCGGCGCUGAAGCAAAGUUUCGCUUCGCUAUCGACUUCCCUCUUUCCGAAGCCUAGCUACGGCCCGCCGAAACUUCAUUACGGACCGCCGAAGCAACACUUUACGCCGCCGUCGGCUUCGUUCCCGCCGUUCAGAUUGCCGAAACCUCAGUACGUUCCACCAUUGAAGUUGCACGGCACAUCGAGUCAGCAAUAUAUAGCGCCGUCAGCCACGAGUCAGCACGGGCCGUCCAAGCCGGGCCACGGGCCACCUAUCCCUAUAUCGCUCGAGACUUACGGUCCACCGCCUCCGAAAUUAGCUAUUCAGUUUAAUCCUCUGCCCAAUGACGAGUACGGUCCGCCGCCGCCGCCCGCGCCCGCGCCGCAACCGCAAUACGGUCCACCGGCCGGUGAUUUAUACGAACCUCCGCCGCCGGUACCUCCGCCAGGAGUUCCAGCACCACCCACACCUCCUGACAUAAAGUACGAUGGAUGGCAGCCCAUCGCAGGAUUGGCCAGCUCCCCUAAUCAAAGUGGCCCACCGACAGACACGUACGGGGGUCCACCCAUCGAGACGAAGCACAAUCACGCGGAGAGCUCGUCUUCCCCCGCCGGCACGCACUUGUCCCACGCGUCCUUGAGCGUGCCGAGCAACUUGAACGUGCCGAGCGACUCUUACGGCGUGCCGAUACACAACCCCGAGGCUCAGGAUCUCAAGACGUCCGUGCACCAGUCCUCGGCUUCCUCGGAGAGCAACGGGCUACCGCCGCCGCCGUUGCCGCAGCAAGAACCUCUGCACAACAAUCAGGGCCCGGGGGCCGCUACUUCGGCUGGCCAUUCCGAUCACCAGGCCGGUCUUCACCAGCAGCAACAGCCGACGGCAGGCCUGCGGUACGGCACGCCGAACAUCGAGCCCUUGUCCAUCGUCAAGACCGUGGGUUUCGAAUUGUUACCCACAGGCGGCGCUGCGAAUGCGAACCUCCAGGGUUUAUCAUUGUCAGCUGGCACUUCCGACGUCUCAUCGUUCAAUCAUAUCUCGAGCUCGGUUAACGCCAAUUCCGCUUCGCUUCACACCGCUCUGGAACUGACGCCGGCCGAUGGCGGAUCUCACGCUGUUGCUCCGGCCAGCGUCGGGGGCGAUACCACCCCCCAUCACGGCUUCCAGCAGCAGAAUGCCGGGCUUGACCUGUCCCUGCAGCAGCUGCCGCCGUCGAGCGAUUACGGUGCGCCGUUCAACAGCUUCGGGACAGUGCUCGGCGGAGUGUCGCCGGGCGCGCCCUUGCUGUCGCCCCCGCCUUUCGAUUCUUACGGUGCGCCGCCUCUGUCGUCGUAUUCAGCCAACGGACCGUAUCCCAUCGCGCCAGGUGGACGGGGCUCACCACCUGUGUUCUCGUCGUUCGGGCUGUUUGGGGCUUCUCUUCAUAAACCAAAUCUCCACCACAAGAUCCACGCUUCGUUCAAGCCGCCGCCCGCUCCGCCCGGUUCCCUGAUACCGCCGCGAACUCGGGAUCCCAUCAAGUUCCGGGAGCCCAUCCCGACGGGGCUGCUGUCGAACAUCAAUCGAUACGUGCCGCCGUUUGCGAAGCAGAAACUGCACGGGCCGUCGUUCGGACAGCAGUUGCCGAGCUAUCACGCGCCGGUACCUUUCCGUUACGCAGCGGGCUCGGCUAAUUCGUUCUCCGGACCCUUGUCGUCGUCGGGUAUCUCGCACGUCGGAUACAACUUGAACUCACCGAUUGCCGCGCCGCACGUGCAAUACGGGACGCCAUUGUCCUUUACUGACUUCAACACCCCGACGCCCCACUUGACGUACGGAGCGCCGAAUUUCGGUCCACCCACCUCUUACGUCUCGGCGUUCUCCGGCUUCGGCCAGAAUCUCUACAGCGGCAUCGGCAACGCGCUGACCACGACGUACGGCACCCCUAUAGUGAACUCGGCCUUAUCAAUCAGCGGCGGUCACGACUGCAAUUCCUUGCACCCGCUCUUCCCCUCCAACGGGGGAGGACUGUCCAACGCGGGUGGAGGGGCGCCUUUAAGCGGUAGUUUACUCUCGAGCGGAGGAUUGCAUUCCAACGGAGAGGCGCCCUUAAGCGGAGGCUUAUCUUCGGGCGGCGAAGUGCCCUCGAGCGAGGAGCUAUCGCUGACUGCUGGUGGAUUACGUGCUGCGCACGUGGCUGCACAUUCUAGCGGCCAGCUGCAACUCGGUUUUGAAAGCUUAGCGAAUUCCGCCGGGCAUGUGAACGAAGCUCCCGGCCCCCCGGUCUUCAGCAACUCGCUGCCUACGACGACGGGCUUCGCCCGUCAAAGUUCCAGCGCACCUGCUGGCACGUUCGACCUCGCUGACCAGCCGAGUCCCAUCUUCAACGGCGACUCGCUGCCUACGAAACCGUUCGAUGACUUCCUGGGAGGACCAUCGGUCAACACCUUGGAUCUGCAGCACAACGAGCAGCAGAAGAUCAAUCUGAAGGACAGCUACGGCAACCCCGUGGGGGUAACUUACGACGCGGCCAACGAAGCGAGCGACUCCAAGCUCGUCCACGCGACCACCCCGGACGUCUCCAACGAGCUCCCCGCGCACCCCUCUAGUCAGACCCACAAUAUUUACCCCCUAGCGGCGUCGUUCCAACAAAAUCCAGGAAUAUCGGCCGAGGCGUUCACCGCGAGCUUGACCGCGCAAGGCUUCGGUCAACAAAAGAGUCUAGGCUUGAACGAGGUGGACGCCAAUGAAUUCCUAAAGUCGAGCGAGGGCAGCGAGCUGCUGUCUGUGGCGCAGCGAUUGACUGCCAAUAAUGCCGAAGAUUUCGAGGUUCACGGCUCCAAAGGCACCUACACGCUGCAGAUACAGCCCGCGGACGGAGGAUUGGGCACCGAAAACUCGGACGGCAGCAUCAGGCACGAUCAGGUGUUGUCCAACGGACUGCUGCAGGACAUAAUAGCCGCCAUAGAGCGACCGGAGAACGGUCCCAUUCAGCUGCAAGGCCUACCGGAGUCUCAGCCGUUGCAAAAGAUCUUCGACAAUCUGCCGGAAGGGACUAGUGUGAGAGGUCACUUCGUCGGCCGAGAGCGAAGCGACCAAGCAGGCGUUGUCACCAGCGACAAGGACAAGUACUCGAAGAUUCAGCCAGUGGCUUUGUUCUACGAUACUAAGUACGAAGAAACGAAAAAAGAGGUCAGGUCGGUGUCGAAAAGCGAGACACCAGUCGCCGAAGAGAGCGAACAGAGCAAAAGCAAAGCUCGAUCCUCGUAAUUUAGAUCGUGAGAGUGCCUUCAUGAGAUAUUUAAUAGUAUUUUGCAAUACGAUGCGUCCCCCGAUCGCCCGGAUGAGUGCACCUCCUCGCGGAGAGUUUUCGACUUUCGUCCCCGACGGGGAUAUCGCCGCUAACGCGAUGCCAUUUACUUUCUUUGCUUGCGGUCGAUCGACAAAGAAUCCCACGGUAAACGUCCUCUGGUCCGCGGAAUUCGCGACGUCGCAGAUACUUUUUUGCAUAUCGCUACUCGGAGCGUUGCGGGUCCCUCGGUGACUUCCUCCUUCGAAUCGCAAGGACGACUGAUCAUAUUUCCGUACGCCUCAGUGGAUGAGGCGAUUUUUAUCUCGAUAGAAGUCGCAACGCACGCGCGCGCGCGCGCGCGCAUGGAAGGAUGAACGGGAUGCGUUAGAAAGCAAUGUUUUGUAACUCAACGUUCCAACUUUCCGGCAACUUGUUUUAUCGUACGAAUUCCAAAAGUCGUUCCGGCCGGCGUAAAUGUUUCCCCGUGUACUUUCCGGUAACACGCUUCGGAAACACCUACACGAAAGUAUGAUCGACUGGAAGCUCGAAUUAGAAGGCGCGAGCCGCGCGCGCGAGUGGAAAACGAAAGUUUAUGUAAUCCUUUUUCUCUUAUUGCCGACGAGCGGGCGAAAGUGAUAAUUACUUGCUGUUGACCGGUGUAUCGAUAACAGGUUAUUAGACGAAGCGCUCGCUCAAGAAGAGAGAACUUUUCAUCUCUCUGUCUCUCUCUCUCUCUCUCUCUCUCUUUCUCUCUCUCUCUCUCUCUCUCUCUCUCUCUCUCUCUCUCUCUCUCGGUGGGGGAUUAGUACUCGAGCGCGAUUGUAGGAAGAGAGACGCGAGCCCUCGGUGCUCUCGGUGCUCUUUUAUCGCGCGGCCAGGCUUCACGCUCGUGAAUGCCGACUCGCCCGUUAUCGGCUCGUACGUUUACCGGCACUCGACCAAGGGACGCAGGACGAAUCACUCGAAUUCACCCGAUGUCCUCGUGUCAGCGGCUUAUCCCACUACCCAUCGUCGUCCGUCGAAAUCUCGUCGGCUCUCGACACUUCUUUCCCCGAGAGAGAGAGAGAGAGAGAGAGAGAGAGAGAGAGAGGGGGGAGAAAGAGAGAGAGAGAGAGAGAGAGAGAGAGAGGGAGGAGAGAUCGCUGUGUGCUAAUUACUCGACGCCACUCGAGAUUCCUGUCGGACCAACGGUGAUCGCGCGCCGGCGAUUACUCUUAGUCCGAUCCGGAUGAAAGUGGCAGGUCCGGUAUUUUAGCCGCUGUCGCGUGAUGACGCGGAGACGUUAAACCGGUACGAGACAUCAUGCGCGUUUAUUAAUACUCAUGUAGGUCAAUAGGUUACGGCACUGCUCUCGCAGGAGUGUACAGCUAGCGACGCGGCGUAAAGCCGCGUAAAGUCGCUCGGGUCGUUUGCCGACCGGUGGGAUCGUGAUCGACGUCCUCGUAUCUUUCGCGGUUUCAAGCUUCGCCGAGGUGAAAGUUCAAAGCCUCGUUUAACGACCCGGCGGGACAGUCUCCGGCUUCUAUGAGAAUCUCGUUUUGAGUGAAACGUAUCGCGAGUGCCUCUCUCUCUCUCUCUCUCUCUCUCUCUCUCUCUCUCUCUCUCUACCUAUCUAUCUAUCUCUACUCCACUCUGUCUCUCUGUGCGGGCGUUCGGGCGCAUCGUGCCUCAAUUUCGCGUGUCUCUGUGACAGAUAAUCGGUGGAUGCGGAUACGUCUAGUCCGCUGCUUACACGCGCGCGCAAAAGGGGAAAAGAAAAGGAAAGAAAGGAAAGAGGAGUACAGGCCGCGUGUGCGUGCUUACGGGGGUUGCGCGCGGCGGAAAUACAGAGCACCCUUGAAACACGUCGAUACUAUCGGCCACGGGAGAGAACGCGAGCGACGAGCCAUUACUUCCUUCCGGCGCACGUAUUAACGACUCUUACACGCGAGCAGUAGCCGCGCGCGCGGUAUAGGGUAAGUCGAAAAUGAGUGUGUGUCGUGAAAGCGCGCCGUUAAAAAUCCCGAGUGUGGCAUAAUCUUAAAGUUCUUGCAUUUUUAUGGUUUCGUCUGGCAAACGGUUAUGCAUAACUCGGUGCACUAUUGCAGAUACGUAAAAUAAGUAGAGCGUAUACGUUUAAGAGACGCUCAUUGUUACGAAGUACGCAGCGACGAUACUCUGCCAAGCCAUAAAGCGCAUCCACUCGCUCCUAACCCAUAUCCACCUUCUUCUUCUUCUUUUUCUUCUUGCUCUUCUUCAUCUUCUUCUUCUUCUUCUUCUUCUUCUUCUUCUUCUUCUUCUAGGGUCUUAAUUUAUUAUUUUGUACGCGCGGCUCUACGCGCGGGAAGCGUAUCCGGCUUAUAUCCGACGAGCAAUCGAUGCAAUCACUCGCCGGAUAUAACGAACUUAUUAGCUUAGUAUGUACUUUUGAUAUAUCUACGCUCCGCAUGUAAAUAUAUCGACAUUUUGUAAAUAGAGCUCAAUUUUUAUUUCUCCUCCAUCUUUCCUCUGCCCUCAGUCUUGUGUGUUGUCCUUGUAACGUUCCCUCCAUUUAAUUUAUCGCGAUCAUUACCGCUCGCGGACACACCGCGAAUGUGACAAUUAAAACACUGCAAUUGCGAUACUUUCACCAAUGUGCGUUAUUCUUCCUCCGAGGCGUUACACGCGCCGUUGUCUCUCCGCUUUGUUCUCUCUAUUUUCUAUUUACAACCGCGACGCGCAACGCCGCGGCCGACAGUAAAUAUUGACGUUAAGAGUGCGGGAUAUUACGGGAACACGUUGUGUUUUCGAGUCCAUUUGCAGAGAUUGGCCCGCCGUAAGGUGGAUUACAAGUUUGCACAUCCGAAAGUGUUUGUACCUCUCUCGUGAAAGUACCGGGCUACAUCGGCGGUCGCCUAAAUACCGCGAAUUCUGGCACGACGGAGAAACGGAAACGUAUGAGGGAAUUAGGUAUCCGCCGCUAAGUAGAAUUACGGUUAUGUAAAUGAAACGCUAUCGCUUCGCCUUCGGUUAAGACGGUUAGCACCUCCAGUUCCUCGUGCUGGGAUCGUUACUCGCAGAUUUUCCGCGCGAGUCCAUUCUCGCCGGCCGGUAUCCCGUUGGAUUUCUUUCCCCGCCGCUCGCGCCGCGUCGUUCCGUGCGUGCGUUCGCUUCAUUUUCUCGCUUUCUGCCGCUCGCGCGUGCUUCGCAUCACGC